AAGUAGAUUAAGGUUGCAUUGAGACGUGAAGUACAUUGUACAUAAUGUUGAUGAUUUUUCCUAGAUUUUCCUCUUUGUAUUAAUGACUGAGGGUAUAACGUUAGACUUUUGCAUCUGGCAAGUAGUGGUUUGUAGUGACUUGAGAUAAAAGAUGGGUGUGCACGGAUUGUGGCAGCUACUGCAACCGACUGGAAGACCUGUGUCCCUGCAGUCUUUAGAAGGAAAGGUUUUAGCAGUUGAUGUGAGUAUAUGGCUGCAUCAGGCAGUGAAGGGGAUGAGAGACAGAAGUGGGAACCCCCUACCCAAUGCCCACCUACACGUUCUCUUUACCAGGGUCUGUAAACUCCUCUACUACAAGAUCAAACCAGUGUUUGUGUUUGAUGGAAGUGUUCCCGAGCUUAAAAAGCAGACAAUAGCCUCUCGAAGAGAAAAGAAAAUGAUGGCUGAGGUCGAAGGUGACAAAGCAUCUAAAAAGUUACUGGACAAUCUUCUGAAAAGCCACGCCCUAAAGGAGGUGCUAAACAAAGGCCAUGCCUCCACAGUGGGCACCUCCCAGGUAUCACUGCCCUCUACAUCCGCUCAGCCCUCAACAUCAAGUCAGUCCCAGGACACAGCAGAGAAACGGGAUCUUUUUCAGUUACCACCCCCAACAGAGGAAUUUAUCAGAGCACAAGAACUUCAGCCUUGGGAGGAAGCUACUUCAAAUGCAACUGUGUUUCAGGAUGAGUUUCAGAACUUAGAUGAUGUAGAUAUAGACUCACCUGAGUUUAAAAGUUUACCCUCUGAGAUCCAGCAUGAGAUUCUGAGUGAACUCAAAGAAAGGAGAAAAAGGCUCACUCGAUACACCAAUCUUGUUUUACCAGAGAAUUCAAAUGACUUUUCAAGUUUCCAAAUGACAAAAAUUCUGAAACAGAGUCACUUGUCAGAUAAGAUUGAGGAGGUGAGAAAAGAAAUGAACAGCCAGGUAUCCGGAGCAAUAACUCGUGAUCUCGGCGAGCACACCGUGGGAACCGAGAUACAGACUCGCCGGAUUCUGUCCGACGACAACUCACAUUUCAUUCUCAUCAAAGGGUUAACUAAUAAACGUAAGAUGGAGGAACUGAACAGAAUUCAGGAGGAAACAGAGGAAAUGGAGGAAGAAUCUAUAGCUGGAGUGGGAGGAAAGGAGGAAAGAUCUGAAAAUCAUAGGGAUGAUCUGGUAGAAAGUGAUACUGAUAUAUGUGAAUGUGAAAUGGGCAGUGAAAAUUUACGAGAAGGAGGGGGAAAUAUUCAGGGUCGAGUGCACAAAAACAAUGAAAAAGGGAUUAAAGAUGAGGGGUCUUCAGUGGAAAACCUUGAUGAAUCUGUGAAAAAAGAAAGAGUGAUAGACAUUAGUGAUUCAGAUGAGGAAAACAGUGAAUCAGACAAAAUCAAUUUGAGAAGACAAAAUGAAGUUGAUUUGAGCAAGAAGGAAAUAUUUCAGUCUCAAGUAAAGUCUCAGGAAAAAACCAAUGCAGAAUUAAAAAACAACACUUCUACCUCAAAGACCUUGAAUGUGGAUAGCAGAGCUGGUGUCAAAUCAGGGGAACCUUGUUUGGUUGAGAACACUGAGGUAAAGAGCCUGAGGAACCAGAUAGCAGUAGAUAAAGAGAGUGAGGAAGACAAGCCUAAUGAGGAUGAACCCAGUGAUUCAGAAGAUGAGGGAUUUAUUGAAGUAUCCAUUGAUCCUCAAAAUGUGGGUCCAGAUGAGCUGUUUCCUGCUGAUAUAUUCACCACUACCUCCAUACCAGAAAAAGACCUCACCCCUGUCCCUGAGUUUGAACCCCUGAAAGAACAAGUCCGUGAGAGUGAACCAGAGCAUAUCGAGGUCGAGCCAGAAACCAUAGCAUCCAGUCCAGAGGCAACCAGAGAUCUCGUAAAACAGUUCACACAAUUAGUAGAGAAUGAUGUAGACAGGGUGUCUGAGGAACUAGAACUCGAGUCACGCUCGCUACAGCAGGAGAGAGGUCGACAAGAGAGACUGGCUACCUCUCUCUCCGAUCAGAUGUUUCUGGAGGCUCAGGACCUCUUGAGAUUGUUUGGGGUUCCAUAUGUACUGAGUCCAACAGAAGCUGAGGCUCAGUGUGCGUGGCUGGACUCAAUCGAUCUCACUCAUGGCACCAUCACGGACGACAGUGACAUCUGGCUGUUUGGCGGGAGGCGUGUUUAUAAAAACUUUUUUAACCAGGAUCGGACGGUGGAGUUUUAUCAGAAGGACAGCAUACAAAGUCAGCUAGGUCUGAGUCGUGAGAUCCUGAUAAACUUGGCCUUGUUGUGUGGGAGUGACUACACAGACGGAAUCCCCGGGGUAGGGCCUGUGACUGCCAUGGAGAUCCUGAGUGAGUUCUCUGCCACAGAUAUCUCCUCCCUACAGGCCUUCAAGUCAUGGUGGGAGGAAAGCCAGAAAAAGAAAAGGAAUCCAAAUGUGAGCAAAGUACGAUCAAAAUUACGGCGUCUGGAAGUCAGUGAGGGUUUUCCAGAUCACAGAAUAGUGGAUGCUUACAUGAAACCCACAGUGGAUGAUUCAGAAGAGGCAUUCUCCUGGGUCCUUCCUGACCUUGACCUUCUGAGAGAAUAUGCAAAAGAAAAGCUGGGAUGGACAAAAAUAAAGACAGAUGAAGUUUUACUUCCAGUUCUUCAAAAACUCAAGGACUCACAGACACAGACGAGAAUAAAUUCUUUCUUCCAACCAGAAAACUUCAUGGAACCAAAAAAGCUGAAAAGUGUCAGGUUAAAAAGGGCCCUGAAGAAGUUCCAUGACUCUCCAGAAAAACCAACAGAAACUAAACAAGUCGUUGACUCUGAAGCUGAAAGAAAGGAAGAUGAAAACGCAAAAACAAAACGAAUGAAAAUAACCAAUAAUCAAAAUGCUAAAAAUUCAAAAGGAGUGACUAAAAGCCAAAUAAAACCUGUGAGGGGGAAAAGUUCAAAAUUUGUCCGAGGGAGGGGGAGGGGGAAAGGGAAAGGUCCUGCCAAGAAAUCUGGGGUUAUAAAUAGACCUGUAUACAAAGAAGAGGUCAACCUGUCAGAGAGCAGUUCAGAUGACCAGCGCGAUGAUAGGGAAGAUGACGAUGAUGAUGAUGAACUUCUAGCAAAUCUAGACUAUGAAAGUUGGCAAAAAUGAUUUGAAAGGUGGGGAAAAUGAUGUGAAAUUGACAACAGUUCAAAUGAAAUGCUAUCUGAAUGCAGAGUCAUUAUGUUUGUAAAAUUAUGAUGUGUAUGGUUGUAUGAUAUUUGUCUUCCAUGUCAAACAUUUUAUUAUAUGUAGUAUUUAU